AGGCUUCCCGCAGCCCUGCUGACCGCGCCCGCGCUCCGGCGGCGCCAGAGCCGACGCACCGCCGCGCACCCGCGCCGUCCCGCGCAGCCCGGGGAGGGGGCAGGGAGCCGGGAGGAGGCGUUUGCUUGCUCGAGUCUGCUCGCUGCUUGGAGUCUGAACGAGGCCCAGAGAGAAGGUCCUUGAGUUGAGAAAAGGAAUGGUGUAAUUUUUGAGAAAGCGGCCUCUUCACCACUGACUUCUGCAACUGCUUGGGCUUGAUGACGACGUGGUACAUCUGGAACGGUUCACCUGGGUUCUGGACCAGCACAGACCUGCUCUGUCUCUGGUGGACAUUCUUGUGAUAUUGGUCUCAUGCUACAGGAAGGACCAUGGCAACCUCCAGAGCAGCUUCAAGGUCUCCUCGGGACAUUGCCAAUGUCAUGCAGAGGUUGCAAGAUGAGCAAGAGAUUGUACAAAAACGCACUUUUACAAAAUGGAUCAACUCCCAUCUGGCCAAGCGGAAACCUCCCAUGGCGGUGGAUGACCUUUUUGAAGACAUGAAAGAUGGUAUUAAGCUGCUUGCUCUCUUGGAGGUCCUGUCUGGGCAGAAACUGCCUUGUGAACAAGGACGCCGUAUGAAGCGAAUCCACGCUGUGGCGAACAUCGGCACAGCACUCAGAUUCCUGGAAGGGCGAAAGUCCAUGUACAGAGGAUCACCGAUUAAAUUGGUCAACAUUAACUCCACGGAUAUAGCUGAUGGCAGACCCUCAAUAGUUCUCGGAUUGAUAUGGACCAUUAUUCUGUAUUUCCAGAUCGAAGAGUUGACCAGCAAUCUGCCACAGCUCCAGUCACUGUCGGGCAGUGCCUCUUCUGUGGACAGCAUUGUCAGCACGGAGACUGCCAGCCCACCAAGUAAACGCAAGGUGGCUACCAAACUCCAAGGCAAUGCCAAGAAGACCUUACUAAAGUGGGUUCAGUAUGCAGCUGGCAAGCAGCCUGGUUUGGAAGUGAAGGACUUUGGACGGAGUUGGAGGAGUGGGGUUGCCUUUCAUUCCGUCAUCCAUGCAAUCCGGCCAGAACUGGUGGACAUGGACAAAGUCCGAGGUCGAUCUAACCGUGAGAAUCUAGAGGAAGCAUUCGCCAUUGCUGAAGUCCAGCUGGGAAUCCCCAGGCUGCUAGAACCCGAAGAUGUGGAUGUGGAUAAGCCUGAUGAGAAGUCCAUCAUGACCUACGUCGCCCAGUUUCUGAAACAUUACCCUGACAUCUACGGCGCAGGCACCGAGGGACUGGGGGACGAGGAAAUAUUUCCAAGUUUGUCAUCUUUUGCAAAUUGUAUCCAAAUAUUUAAGAGAGAAGACAGACUAAUUUUGAAGGAAGUGAAAGUGUGGAUAGAACAAUUUGAAAGAGACUUGACCAGAGCACAGAUGACAGAAUCGAAUUUGCAGGACAAAUAUCAGUCAUUUAAGCACUUCAGGGUUCAGUAUGAAAUGAAGAGGAAGCAGAUUGAGCAUUUAAUACAACCAUUACAUAGAGAUGGCAAGUUGUCACUUGACCAAGCUUUGGUAAAACAAUCCUGGGACAGAGUGUCCUCCAGGCUCUUUGAUUGGCAUAUACAGCUUGAUAAAGGCCUUCCUGCCCCCCUGGGCACCAUAGGUGCUUGGCUGUACAGGGCAGAGGUCGCCCUGAGAGAGGAGAUUGCUGUUCAGCAAUUACAUGAAGAAACGGCAAACACGAUACAGCGCAAACUUGAGCAACAUAAGGAUCUGUUUCAAAACACAGAUGCCCACAAAAGAGCAUUUCAUGAGAUCUACCGGACCAGGACUGUGAAUGGGAUCCCAGUGCCAUAUGAUCAGCUAGAGGACAUGGCCGAGAGGUUUCAUUUUGUUUCCUCCACAUCAGAGCUACACUUAAUGAAAAUGGAAUUUCUAGAAUUAAAGUACCGUCUGCUCUCACUGCUGGUUCUUGCAGAGUCAAAGCUAAAGUCUUGGAUCAUCAAGUACGGAAGGAGGGAGUCGGUGGAGCUGCUUCUACAAAACUACAUCUCUUUUAUAGAAAACAGCAAGUUCUUUGAACAAUAUGAAGUGACAUACCAGAUCUUGAAGCAGACAGCUGAGAUGUAUGUCAAAGCUGAUGGAUCAGUGGAAGAAGCCGAGAAUGUAAUGAAAUUCAUGAAUGAAACUACUGCGCAGUGGAGGAAUCUCUCGGUCGAAGUCAGGAGUGUGCGGAGCAUGCUGGAAGAAGUGAUUGCUAACUGGGAUCGUUAUGGCAAUACGGUGGCUAGUCUUCAAGCUUGGCUGGAAGAUGCCGAAAAAAUGCUGAAUCAAUCAGAAAAUGCCAAAAAGGAUUUUUUUCGAAAUCUGCCUCAUUGGAUUCAACAACACACUACCAUGAACGAUGCUGGAAAUUUUCUCAUUGAAACUUGUGAUGAGCUGGUUUCCCAUGACCUCAAGCAGCAGUUACUGUUGCUAAAUGGGCGAUGGAGGGAGUUGUUUAUGGAAGUCAAGCAAUAUGCACGAGCUGAUGAGAUGGACAGAAUGAAGAAAGAGUACACGGACUGUGUGACUGUCCUGUCAGGUUUUGCAGCUGAAGCACGUGGGAAGUUGUCUGAACCCUUGGAAGUCUCCUUCCUGAACGUCAAGUUGUUCAUUCAAGACUUGGAGGACAUGGAACAGAGAGUGCCUGUAAUGGAUGCUCAGUACAAGAUCAUCACAAAGACAGCACACCUCAUUACCAAAGAAAGUCCCCAAGAGGAAGCCAAUAAAAUGUUUGCCACCAUGUCUGGGCUCAAAGAACAGCUAACCAAGAUCAAAGAAUGUUCCUCCCCACUCCUUUAUGAGUCUCAGCAGCUGUUGGUGCCGUUGGAAGAAUUAGAGAAGCAGAUGACGUCCUUUUAUGACUCACUUGGAAAAAUCAAUGAUAUUAUGGCAGUGCUAGAGCAUGAGGCACAAUCUAGUGCUCUUUUUAAACAAAAACAUCAGGAACUGUUAGCCUGUCAGGAUAAUUGUAAGAAAACCUUGACACGCAUUGAGAAAGGCAGUCAAAGUGUUCAAAGUUUUGUGACCUCGAGCAAGGUGUUAAAGCAUUUUGAUCUGACAAAGCUGCAAAGACAGAUUGCAGAUCUUUAUGUUGCGUUUCAGAAUAUGGUCAAGAAAACUGGAGAUUGGAAGAAGCACGUGGAAACCAAUAGUCGCUUGAUGAAGAAGUUCGAGGAAUCUCGAGCCGAGUUGGAGAAGGUGCUCCGUAUGGCACAGGAGGGCCUGCAGGAGAAAGGUGAUCCGGAGGAGCUCCUGAAGAGGCACACCGAGUUUUUCAGCCAGCUGGAUCAGAGGGUGCUCAAUGCCUUCCUGAAAGCCUGUGAUGAGCUCACGGACAUCCUGCCCGAGCAGGAGCAGCAGGGCCUGCAGGAGGCUGUGCGGAAGCUCCAUAAGCAGUGGAAGGAUCUUCAAGGAGAAGCCCCUUAUCAUUUGCUUCAUCUGAAGAUUGAUGUGGAGAAGAACCGAUUCUUGGCCUCUCUAGAAGAAUGCCGAAGUGAGCUGGACCGGGAGACCAGGCUGGUGGCCCAGGAAGGCAGCGAAAAGAUCAUCAAAGAGCACAGGAUAUUCUUCAGUGACAAAAGUCCUCAUCAUCUCUGUGAGAAAAGGUUGCAGCUUAUCGAAGAACUGUGUGGGAAGCUCCCGGGCCGGGACCCAGUGAGAGACACACCUGGCAGGUGCCGCUCAUCCCUCAGGGAGCUCCGGGCUGCCAUUGACAGCACAUAUGCAAAGCUCAUGGAAGACCCAGACAAGUGGAAGGACUACACAAGCAGGUUUAGUGAAUUCUCCUCUUGGAUAUCUGCCAAGGACAUGCAGUUGAAGGGGAUCAAGGGUGAAGCCAUCCAUGCUGCCAACCAUGGAGAGGUCAAGUACACUAUAGACGAAAUCAGAAGUGGUGUUACCAAAGGAGGCGAGACACUCAGCUGGCUAAAAUCCAGACUUAAAAUUCUGACUGAAGUUUCCUCUGAGAAAGAAGCACAAAGACAAGGGGAUGAGCUGGCCAAGUUAUCCAGCUCCUUCAAGGCUCUGGUGGCGUUACUGUCGGAGGUUGAAAAGAUGUUAAGCAACUUCAGAGACUGUGUCCAGUAUAAAGAAAUAGUCCGAAGUUCCCUUGAAGACUUAAUCUCUGGCUCUAAAGAAGUCCAGGAAGAAGCUGAGAAGAUCUUAGACACAGAAAAUCUGUUUGAAGCUCAGCAGUUACUUCUUCAUCACCAGCAAAAAACAAAGAGGAUUGCAGCUAAGAAGAAAGAGCUGCAGCAGCAGAUUGGGCAGGCACAGGAGGGAGAAGGCGGACGUCCAGGCCCUGGGCAAGAGGAACUGCGGAACCUGGAGAGCACGCUGGACCACGUGGAACAGAACAGGGAGAGGCAGGAGCGCCGCAUUCAGGUUUCGUUAAGAAAGUGGGAACGAUUUGAAACAAACAAAGAGACGGUGGUGAGAUACCUUUUCCAAACAGGCUCCAGUCAUGAGCGCUUCUUGAGUUUCAGCAGUUUGGAAAGCCUGUCUUCAGAACUGGAACAGACAAAGGAGUUUUCUAAACGGAUGGAGAACGUGGCAGUCCAGGCUGAGAAUCUUGUCAAGGAAGCCUCAGAGAUCCCACUUGGGCCCAAGAAUAAGCAGCUGCUGCAACAGCAGGCUAAGUCAAUCAAAGAGCAAGUAAAAAAAUUAGAAGACACACUUGAAGAAGAUAUUAAAACCAUGGAAAUGGUGAAAAGCAAAUGGGAUCAUUUUGGCAGUAAUUUUGAGACCCUGUCUGCCUGGAUAACUGAGAAAGAAAAUGAACUCAAUGCCUUGGAAGCAUCGUCAUCCACCCUGGACACGCAGAUCAGCCAAAUCAAGGUCACCAUUCAGGAAAUAGAAAGCAAGAUGGGCAGCAUUGCAGGCUUAGAAGAAGAAGUUCAGUCUUUGGCUCAGUUUAUUACCACUGGAGAGUCUGCUCGAAUCAAAGCCAAACUGACCCAAGUGAGGAGGUACCGCGAAGAGCUGCGGGAGCGCGCGCAGAGCCUGGAGGGGACGGCGCUGGCGCAUCUGGCUCAGCAGCACAAGUUUGACGAGAAUCUCAGGAAGAUCCAGCUGUCUGUGUCUGAAUUUGAAGAUAAGCUUUGUGGUCCAAUUAAAAUAUGUUCUUCAGCUACAGAAACAUACAAAGUACUCCAAGAACAUAUGGACCUCUGCCAGGGCCUGGAGGCGCUGAGCAGCACCGUGACUGCCUUCUCAGCCAGUGCCCAGAAGGUGGCAAGCAGGGACUCCUGCGUGCAAGAGGCUGUGGCUCUGAGCCAGCGAUAUGAGGAGUCUCUAAAGAGGGCGAAAGAGAGGCAGGCUCUGCUGGGGACCCUGCUGGCCCACUGGCAGAGGUUGGAAAAAGAGCUGCUGUCCUUUAUGACAUGGCUGGAGCGGUGCGAAGCGAUAGCCACUUCUCCGGCGACAGAUCUCUUGAGCGACAGAGUCAAGGUGGAGCGUGAACUUCAACUAGUACAGGCUUUGCAGAACGAAGCAGCGUCUCAGGGCCCCUCCUAUAGCUGUCUUGUGCAGCUGAAGGAGUCCCUGUUCUCGGUGGCCUCCAAAGACGACGUGGAGAUGAUGGCACAGCACUUGGAGCAGCUGGAUGAGAGAUGGAGAGAUUUGCCACAGCUGAUGAGCAAACGGGUUAACUUUCUUCGGUCUGUGCUGGCUGAACACCAGCAGUUUGAUGAGCUGCUGCUUUCCUUUUCCGUGUGGAUUAAGCUGUUUCUGGGUGAAUUACAAACCACUUCUGAGAUCAGCAUGGCAGACCAGCAGGUGGCUCUCACUCGGCACAAGGACCAUGCAGCGGAAGUAGAAGGCAAAAAGGGAGACCUGCAGAGCCUGCAGGGCCACCUAGUCAAGCUGGGUUCUCUGGGCCGAGCUGAGGACCUCCACCUGCUGCAGGGCAAGGCAGAGGACUGCUUCCAGCUGUUUGAGGAGGCCAGCCAGGUUGUGGGGAGGAGGCAGCUUGCCCUGUCCCAGUUGACAGAAUUCUUACAGAGCCAUGCCUCUCUGUCUGGACUCCUGCACCGGCUGCGGGAAACAGUGGAGGCAACCAGCAGCAUGAACAAGAAACAAUCUGAGCUAUUAGAGAAGGACCUGAAUGAUGCUAUUGGAGAUGUUAAAACCUUAGAAUGCACUGCCAUCGGUCUGGAUGGCGCCCUUGCCAAAGCCCAGUAUCGUCUAAAAGGCGGGAGCUCCGAGCAAAGGACUUCAUGCAGAGCCAUGGCCGAUCAGCUCUCCGUGGAAGUAGAAAGGAUCCAGAACCUUCUGGGAACCAAGCAGAGUGAGGCAGAUGCCCUGAGAGUGUUGAAGCAAGCAUUCCACGAGCAGAAAGAGGAGCUACUGAGAAGCAUCGAGGACAUUGAAGAAAGGACGGACAAAGAGCGCCUGAGGGAACCCACCCGCCAGGCUCUGCAGCAGAGGUUGAGAAUGUUUAAUCAGCUAGAAGAUGAACUGAAUUCCCAUGAGCAUGAACUAUGUUGGCUCAAAGAGAAAGCUAAGCAAAUUGCCCAGAAAGAUGUGGCUUUUGCACCAGAAGUUGACAAAGAGAUAAACCGCCUGGAAGCCACCUGGGAUGAUACAAAAAAAUUAAUUCAUGAAAACCAGGGCCAAUGCUGUGGACUCAUUGACCUAGUGAGAGAAUAUCAGAACUUGAGGGCAGCUGUAUCUUCAGUCCUAGAAAAUGCCAGCAGUGUACUUGUAACUAGAACUGCUAUAAAAGAUCAAGAAGAUCUGAAGUGGGCUUUUUCCAAGCAUGAAACUGCCAAGAAUGAAAUGAAUAAUAAACAGAAAGUACUGGAUAGUUUUACCAGUAAAGGAAAACAUUUGUUAUCUGAGCUGAAAAAAAUCCAGAGUGGUGAUUUCAUCCUGGUGAGAACAGACAUGGAAAGCAUCGUGGACAAGUGGCUGGAUGUGUCAGAGAAAAUUGAAGAAGCCAUGGAUAGGCUGAGGAGAAGCCUGUCCAUCUGGGAUGAUAUUCUUUCAAGUAAAGAUGAAAUUGAAGCAUGGUCGAGUAACUCCGUUUCACAGCUGGCUGCGAACACCAGCAACUUGGACAACAGCAUCAGAGAUGAAGAAUUCCUUAAAGAGCUCGAGUGUGAAGUUAAAAACAAAGCAUUGAGAUUGGAAGAAUUGCAUUGUAAAGUUAAUGAUCUUAAGGAAUUAACAAAAAAUCCUGAGACACCACUGGGCCUUCAGUUUAUAGAAGUGGAUUUAAGGCAAAAAUUGGAGCAUACCAAAGAACUCACUGAAGAAGCCAAAGAAACUUUGAAAGAUUAUACUACUCAAAGUGCACAAGUGGAGAAAUUUAUGAAGGACAUGACAUCGUGGCUGACAAAAGUGGAAGAGUCCCUGAUGAACUCUGCCCAAACUGAGACUUGUGAAGGGCUGAAGAAAGUGAAGGACACGCAAAAGGAACUCCAAAGUCAGCAAAACAGCAUCAGCUCAACCCAAGAAAACCUUAACAGCUUGUGCCGCAAGUACCACUCAGUGGAGCUGGAGAGUCUGGGUGUGGCACUGACAGGCUUGACAAAGAAGCAUGAAGCUGUGAGCCAGCUGUGCUCCAAAACUCAGGCCAGUCUGCAGGAAUCCCUGGAGAAACACUUCCAUGAUUCAAUGCAGGAAUUCCAAGAUUGGUUUUUGCAUGCAAAGGCAGCAGCAAAAGAAUCCUCAGAUCGCACUGGUGACAGCAAAGUAUUGGAGGCAAGGUUGCAGGACCUGCAGAGACUUUUGGACUCAGUCAGUGAUGGACAGAAAAAGCUUGACGCGGUGACUCAAGAAGGACAAACUUUAUAUGCCCAUUUGCCUAAACAAAUUGUCAGCAGCAUUCAGGAACAGAUCACUAAGGCCAAUGAAGAAUUCCAGGCAUUUCUUAAACAGUGCCUUAAGGACAAGCAGGCCUUGCAGGACUCUGCUUCGGAACUCGGGAGCUUUGAGGAUCAGCACAGAAAACUGAACUUGUGGAUCCAUGAAAUGGAAGAGAGGUUAAGCACAGAGAACUUGGGAGGAAGUAAACAGAAUGUUCCUGAGAAGAAAAACGAAGUUCACAAAGUUGAAAUGUUUCUGGGAGAAUUACUGGCUGCCAGAGAGUCGCUUGAUAAGUUUUCCCAGAGAGGGCAGCUGCUCAGUGAGGAAGGCCAUGGGGCUGGAAAAGAGGGCCGCCUGUGCUCCCAGCUGCUCACCAGCUACCAGAACUUGCUCAGGAUGACCAGAGAGAAGCUGCGCAGCUGUCAGGUGGCAAUCCAGGAGCACGAAGCCCUGGAGGAUGCCCUGCAGAGCAUGUGGUCCUGGGUGAAAGACGUUCAAGACAGACUGGCUAGUGCAGACAGCACCAUCGGCAGCAAAGACACCUUGGAGAGACGGCUGGCUCAGAUCCAGGACAUUCUGCUGAUGAGAGGGGAAGGGGAGGUGAAGCUGAACAUGGCCAUCGGCAAAGGGGAACAAGCCUUGAGAAGCAGCAACCGAGAGGGUCAGCAGGUGAUCCAGGUCCAGUUACAGACCCUGAAAGAGGUGUGGGCUGACGUCAUGAGCUCUGCUGUCCGUGCUCAGAGCACUUUAGAGUCUGUAAUGAGCCAAUGGAAUGACUACAUGGAGAGGAAGAACCAGUUGGAACAAUGGAUGGAAUCCAUGGAUCAGAAAGUCGCACAUCCCGUACAGCUGCAGCCUGGUCUGAAAGAGAAGUUUUCCCUGCUGGACCACUUCCAGGCCAUCGUGUCUGAGGCAGAUGAACGCAGCGCAGCCCUUCACCGCCUCUCUGCCAAGUCCAGGGAGCUCUACGAGAAGACAGGGGAUGAGUCCUUCAAGGAUUCGGUUCAAGAGGAACUCAAAGUUCAGUUUAAUGAUAUAGUGACUGUUGCCAAGGAGAAAAUGAGAAAAGUGGAAGAUCUUGUGAAAGACCACCUGAUGUAUUUAGACGCAGUCCAGGAGUUCACCGACUGGCUUCAUUCUGCAAAGGAGGAACUUCAUCGGUGGUCGGAUAUGUCUGGAGACUCCUCAGCCACCCAGAAAAAGCUGUCAAAAAUUAAGGAGCUGAUAGAUUCCAGAGAGAUCGGGGCCGGCCGCCUAAGCAGAGUGGAGUCGCUGGCCCCUGAAGUGAAACAGAACACAGCUGCCAGUGGGUGUGAGCUCAUGCACACGGAGAUGCAGGCCCUGCGCGCCGACUGGAAGCAGUGGGAAGACAGCGUGCUGCAAACGCGCAGGAGCUUGGAGAGUCUGGCCAGCCAGAUGGCCCUUUCGGAACAGGAGUUCUCGGCCCAGGUGGCUCAGCUGGAGCAGGCCCUGGAACAGUUCGAUGCCCUCCUGAAGACCUGGGCUCAGCAGCUGGCUCUUCUGGAAGGCAAGAACACGGAUAAGGAGAUUGCAGAAUGCUGGCACAAGGAACGAGAGGUCCUCGAUGCUCUGCAGAAGGAAGAGCCGAGGACAGAGAGCCUCAAGUCCCAGCUGAAUGAACUGUGUCGGUUUUCCAGAGACCUGACUGCAUACAGUGGAAGGGUUUCAGGCCUGAUUAAAGAAUAUAACUGUCUUUGCUUGCAAGCAUCAAAGGGCUGCCAGAAUAAAGAACAGAUUUUACAGCAAAGAUUCCGAAAAGCCUUCAGGGAUUUCCAGCAGUGGAUGGUUAACGCAAAAAUUGCUACUGCCAAAUGUUUUGAUAUACCUCAAAAUAUUAGUGAAGUUUCAACAAGUCUUCAGAAAAUUCAGGAGUUUUUGUCAGAAAGUGAAAAUGGACAGCAGAAGCUAAACACGAUGCUGUGUAAAGGAGAACUUCUGAGCACCCUGUUAACCAAAGAGAAGGCCGAAGGUAUUCAGGCCAAGGUUGCAACUGCCAAAGAAGAUUGGAAAAAUUUUCAUGCAAAUCUCCACCAGAAGGAGUCGACCCUGGAGAAUCUGAAGAUCCAAAUGAAGGACUUUGAAGUGAGUGCUGAGCCUUUGCAGAACUGGCUGAGCAAAACUGAAAAGAUGGUGCAUGAAAGCAGCAAUCGCCUCUACGACCUGCCAGCCAAGAGGAGAGAGCAGCAGAAGCUCCAGUCUGUCCUUGAGGAGAUACAGUGCUACGAGUCUCAGCUCAACAGGCUGAAAGAGAAAGCUCAACAGCUGUGGGAAGGACAGGCUGCCAGCAAGAGCUUUGUGCACAGAGUGUCACGGCUGUCUUCUCAGUAUCUAGCUCUGAGCAAUUUAACAAAGGAAAAAGUGUCAAGACUGGACAGAAUUGUGGCCGAACACAAUCAGUUCUCUCUUGGGAUUAAAGACCUGCAGGACUGGAUGACGGAUGCUGUUCAUAUGCUGGAUUCCUACUGCCAUCCCACCUCGGACAAAAGUGUACUGGACAGCAGGAUGCUCAAGCUUGAGGGUCUGUUGUCAGUGAGACAGGAAAAGGAGAUUCAGAUGAAAAUGAUAGUGACCAGGGGAGAGUAUGUGCUGCAGAACACCUCCCUGGAAGGCAUUCCUGCCAUUCAGCAGCAACUGCAGAGUGUGAAGGACACGUGGGCAUCCCUGCUGUCUGCAGCCAUUCGUUGCAAGAGUCAACUUGAAGGAGCGCUUUCGAAAUGGACGAGUUAUCAGGAUGAUGUGCGGCAGUUUUCCAGCUGGAUGGACAGCGUGGAAGCCAGCCUAAACGAGUCUGAAAGGCAGUAUGCUGAGCUCCAGGAGAAAGUGACUGCGCUCGGGAAAGCCAAGUUGUUAAAUGAAGAAGUGUUGAGUCACAGCAGCCUGCUGGAGACUAUUGAAGUCAAAGGGGCUGGCAUGACGGAGCACUACGUCACCCAGUUAGAACUCCAGGAUUUGCAGGAACGCUAUCGUACAAUCAGGGAUCGAGCCAAGGAAGCAGUGAACAGGUCUGAAAAGCUUCUUCGCCUCCACCAAGAGUAUCAGAGAGACCUAAAGGCUUUUGAAGUUUGGUUGGCACAAGAACAAGAAAAGCUUACCCGGUACUCACUUCUCGAAGGUGAUGCUGACACUCGGGAGACUACGCUGAGGGCUCUCCAGGAGCUGCAAGUGCAUUGUGCAGAGGGCCAGGCGUUACUGAAUUCAGCGCUGCAUGCCAGGGAGGAAGUGAUCCCCUCAGGCAUCCCCCAGGCAGAGGACCGGGCCCUGGAGUCGCUCCGGCAGGACUGGCAGGGCUUCCAGCACAGACUGUCUGAGACACGGACUCAGGUCAAUAAUGUUGUAAACAAGCUGAGGCUGACGGAACAGAAGUUUCAGCAAGUAGAUGAAUGGCUAACAACAGUGGAAGAGAAAAUUAAUCUCAGGACCGGGCGUCAGUCAAAUCGGGCAACUAAAGAGAUACAACUACAUCAGAUGAAGAAAUGGCAGGAAGAAGUAACUGCUUACAGAGACGAGGUAGAGGGGGUGGGAACAAGAGCUCAAGAGAUACUGGACGAGAGCCAUGUGGGCAGCAGACUGGGCUGCCAGGCCACUCAGCUGACCUCUAGAUACCAGGCUCUCCUUCUGCAAGUGCUGGAACAAGUAAAAUUCUUGGAGGAAGAGAUCCAGAGUUUGGAGGAAUCGGAAUUAUCGCUCAGUUCCUAUUCUGAUUGGUAUGGUUCUACUCACAAAAAUUUCAAGAAUGUGGCUACCAGGAUUGAUAAAGUUGAUCCAGUGAUGAUGGGGAAAAAAUUGAAAGCACUGGAGAGUUUGCUUAAAGAAAUGGAAAAAGGCCAUAGUUUGCUGAAAUCAGCCCGGGAGAAAGGAGAGAGGGCUCUGUGUUACUUGGAGCUGGAGGAGGCUGAGACAUUAAGAAAGGAGAUCCAUGAUGACGUAGAGCAGCUGAAGGAGCUGACCACUGCUAUGCGGAAGGAGCAUGUGAGCCUGGAGAGAGGGCUUCUUUUGGCAAAGGAGUUCUCAGAUAAGUGCAAAGCCAUGACUCAGUGGAUGACGGAGUACCAGGAGUCUCUGCUCAGUCCCGAGGAACCCAAAAUGGAGUUGUAUGAGAAGAAAGCACAGUUAUCUAAAUACAAGUCCCUUCAGCAAAUGGUGCUGUCCCAGGAGCCAUCAGUAAAAUCAGUAAGAGAGAAAGGGGAAGCUCUCCUGGAACUGGUGCAGGAUGUUGCACUGAAGGACAAAAUAGACACACUUCAGAGUGAUUACCAGGACCUCUGCCAGACAGCCAAGGAGCGUGUCUCCAGCCUGGAGGCAAAAGUCAAAGACCAUGAGGAGUACAACAGUGAGCUCCAGGAGGUGGAGAAAUGGCUGCUACAGAUGUCGGGCCGGCUGGUGGCCCCUGACCUGCUGGAGCCCAGCAGCCUGGAGACAAUCACCCAGCAGCUGGCCCAUCACAAGGCAAUGAUGGAAGAUAUUGCUAAUUUUGAAGACCGUCUGAACACCCUGAAAAGCAAAGGUGACAUUCUGACAAGCCAGUGUGCAGAGCACCUGCAAGCCAAGCUGAAGCAGAACGUGCAGGCGCACCUGCAAGGGACGCGAGACAGCUACUCCGCCAUCUGCAGCACCGCUCAGCGGGUGUACCGGAGUCUGGAACAUGAACUUCAGAAGCAUGUCAGCCGGCAAGAUACGCUGCAGCAGUGUCAGGCGUGGCUCUCUGGGGUCCAGCCUGACUUAAAGCCAAGCCCACAGCCACCUCUUAGCAGGGCCGAAGCUGUGAAGCAGGUGAAACACUUCAGAGCGUUGCAAGAGCAGGCAAGGACGUACUUAGAUCUGCUUUGCUCCAUGUGUGACUUGUCGAACUCCUCUGUGAAGGCUACAGCAAAGGACAUUCAACAAACAGAGCAAAUGAUCGAGCAAAGGCUCGUGCAGGCACAGAACUUAACUCAAGGCUGGGAGGAGAUCAAGUACCUGAAAGCUGAGCUGUGGAUCUAUCUUCAGGAUGCUGACCAGCAAGUACAGAACAUGAAGAGGCGGCACUCGGAACUGGAGCCCAAUAUUGCCCAGAACGUGGUUUCCCAAGUAGAGGAAUUUGUUAAGCAAGUCCAGUCCAAACAGGCGUCAGUGCAUGCUGUCAUAGAAAAGGUGAACAAAUUAACGAAGAAUCAGGAGUCCCCGGAACACAAAGAAAUCAGUCACUUAAAUGACCAAUGGCUGGACUUAUGCCUGCAGUCCAACAAUCUGUGUUUGCAAAGGGAAGAGGAUCUGCGAAGAACAAGGGAUUACCAUGACCGCAUGAAUGUUGUCGAAGCAUUCUUGGAAAAAUUUACUACAGAGUGGGAUAACUUAGCCAGAUCUGAUGCAGAGAGUACAGCUGUUCACCUGGAAGCUUUGCAGAAGUUAGCAUUGGCCUUGCAGGAGAGAAAGUAUGCCAUUGAAGAGCUGAAAGAACAAAAGCAGAAAAUCAUAGAACAUUUGAAUGUGGAUGACAAAGAACUUGUCAAAGAGCAGACAAGUCACUUUGAACAGCGUUGGUUUCAACUUGAGGAUCUUGUGAAAAGGAAAAUCCAAGUGUCAGUCACCAACCUGGAGGAGCUACACGUGGUACAGUCCAGAUUUCAGGAGUUAAUGGAGUGGGCAGAAGAGCAGCAGCCCAGCCUUGCAGAGGCCCUGAAGCACAGCCCUCCUCCCGACCUGGCUCAGAAUCUCCUCAUGGACCACCUGGCCAUCUGCAGUGAACUGGAGGCCAAGCAAAUGCUCUUGAAAUCACUUACAAAGGAUGCUGACAGAGUAAUGGCAGACCUCGGUCUAAAUGAGCGCCAGAUCAUCCAGAAGGCGCUUUCUGAUGCCCAGCGGCAUGUGAACUGUCUCAGUGACUUAGUGGGCCAGCGGAGAAAGUAUUUAAACAAAGCCUUGUCCGAGAAGACCCAGUUCCUCAUGGCAGUGUCCCAGGCAACCAGCCAAAUUCAGCAACAUGAGAGAAAAAUCAUGUUCCGGGAACACAUCUGCCUGCUACCAGAUGACGUAAGCAAACAGGUUAAGACAUGUAAGAGUUCACAAGCCAGCCUCAAGACUUACCAAAAUGAAGUCUCAGGACUCUGGGCCCAGGGCCGUGAGUUAAUGAAAGGAGUCACAGAGCAGGAAAGGGGUGAAGUGCUUGGGAAGCUCCAGGAAUUGCAAAGUGUCUAUGACACUGUUUUACAAAAAUGCAGCCAUCGGCUGCAAGAACUAGAAAAAAGUUUAGUCUCUAGGAAGCAUUUUAAGGAAGAUUUUGAUAAAGCUUGUCACUGGCUGAAGCAAGCAGAUAUUGUUACGUUUCCUGAAAUCAGUCUAAUGAAUGAAAGUACUGAGCUUCAUACACAACUGGCCAAAUACCAAGACAUUCUAGAACAAUCUCCAGAAUACGAAAAUCUUCUGCUUAGGCUACAGAGAACCGGGCAGGCCAUCUUACCAUCACUGAAUGAAGUUGAUCAUUCUUACCUCAAUGAAAAGCUGACUGCUUUUCCCCAACAAUUGAAUGUCAUUGUUGCCUUGGCUAAAGAUAAGUUCUACAAAGUCCAAGAAGCGAUUCUCGCACGGAAGGAAUAUUCUUCCUUGAUUGAGCUGACAACACAUUCUCUGAGUGAACUUGAAGAUCAGUUCUUGAAGAUGAGCAAGGUCCCCAGUGACCUGAGUGUUGAAGAGGUUCUGUCUCUGCAGGAGGGCUGUCGAGCGCUUCUCAGCGAGGUCACGGGCCUUGGGGAAGCCGUAGAUGAACUCAAUCAGAAAAAAGAAAGUUUUCGUAGCACAGGUCAGCCUUGGAAGCCAGACAAGAUGAUGCACCUAGUCAGCUUGUAUCACAGGCUGAAGCGACAGGUGGAACAAAGGGUUGGUGCAUUAGAAGACACUACCAGUGCCUACCAAGAGCACCAGACGAUGUGCCAGCAGCUCGAGAGACAACUAGAGGCUGUGAAAAAACAGCAGACCAAAGUGAAUGAGGAAACUCUGCCAGCAGAGGAGAAGCUCAAAGUCUAUCACUCCCUGGCAGGAAGUCUGCAGGACUCAGGCAUUCUGCUGAAACGAGUGACCCUGCAUCUGGAGGACCUCACCCCACAUCUGGACCCCCUGGCCUAUGAGAAAGCCAAGCAGCAGAUCCAGGUGUGGCAGGAAGAGUUGACCAUGUUGACUUCUGCCAUCAGUGACACGGUCACAGAGUGUGAGAGCCGAAUGGUGCAAAGUAUAGACUUCCAGAGUGAGAUGAGCCGCUCCCUGGACUGGCUGAGGCAGGUGAAGGCGGAACUCAGAGGGCCACUCUGUCUGGACCUCAGCCUGCAGGCCAUCCAGGAAGAAAUCAGAAAGAUCCAGAUUCAUCAGGAAGAGGUCCAGUCCAGCCUGAGGAUCAUGAAUGCCCUGAGUAGUAAGGAGAAGGAGAAAUUCAUGAAAGCCAAAGAACUGAUCUCCGCUGACUUACAGCAGACCCUUGCUGAACUGUCGGAGCUGGACGGGGACGUUCAGGAGGCUCUACGCACCAGACAGGCCAGCUUGACUGAACUCUACAGUCAGUGUCAAAGGUAUUACCAAGUAUUUCAAGCAGCUAACGACUGGCUUGAGGAUGCCCAAGAAAUGUUGCAGCUGACAGACCAGGGCCUAGAUGUGGAGAGUGCAGAAGAAAAUCUCAAAAGCCACACAGAAUUUUUCAGUGCUGAGGGCCAGUUGCACAGUAAUCUGGAGGAGCUCCGAGGCCUGGUCGCCAACCUUGACCCACUCAUUGUGCCACAUGGCAAAGAAGACCUGGCAGAGAAGGUGGCUUGCCUGGACAAGAGGAGUCAGAAGAUAAGCCAGGAGUCACAUGCCCAGUUAGGUCUCCUGCAGAGAUGUGCAGUGCAAUGGCAAGAUUACCAGAAGGCGAGGGAAGAAGUCAUCGAACUGAUGAAUGAGGCAGAAAAGAAACUGUCCGAGUUUUCCUUGCUGAAGACAUCUUCUAGUCAUGAAGCAGAAGCAAAAUUAUCAGAACACAAGGCUUUAGUGUCAGUGGUUAACUCAUUCCGUGACAAAAUUCUGGCCCUGGAGGGAAAAGCUUCAGAGCUGGAGAAAACUGGAAAUGAAGCCAGUAAGGCAACCCUGAGCCGGUCAAUGACUGCGGUGUGGCAGCGCUGGACACGCCUUCACGCUGUCGCCCAAGACCAGGAGAAGAUUCUAGAAGAUGCAUUGGAUGAAUGGAAGGGCUUGGACAGCAAGGUUACAAAAGCCAAUGAAAUGACUGAUGAGUUGCAAGAUAAAUUACCUGGAAACUCAGUGGAGAAGGCCUCCAAAGCAGAGCUCUCGGCUCUUCUGGAGCGUCAGGAGGCAUUCGCCGUGGAACUGGAGCUGCAGCAGUCACUCUUGGGCACGCUAAGGCAGCAGGCACUGAGCAUGCUCCAGCAUGAAGCCACCCUACCCUCUGGGGAAGAGCCAGCCAUCCUGCAGCAAAUCACAGCAAUGCAAGAUCAGUGCAUCAACAUGCAGGAGAAGCUGAAGACUCAUGGGAAGCAGGCGAAACAGGAACUGAAUGACCGCGGAGCAGUGGAGAAGCAGAUCCAUUCUGUGAAAUCUUGGGUUCAGAAAACAAAGGAAUAUUUAGGGAAUCCCACAAUAGAAGUAGAUGCCCAACUUGAAGAACUUCAGCGUCUCUUAGCAGAAGCUGCCAGUCACCGACAGAACAUUGAGAAAAUUGCUGAAGAACAGAAACAGAAGUACUUGGAUCUCUAUACCAUCUUGCCUUCAGAAGUGUCCCUUCAGUUAGCUGAGGCAGCACUGGAACUGAAGAUCCAGGACCAGAUCCAAGAAAAAGUAAAUGAAGUUGAGCAGAGCAAGGCCAUGAGCCUGGAGUUAAGUCGGCAGAUUCAGAAGAUAGCUAAAGACCUCACAACCAUUCUUACUAAGCUGAAAGCAAAGACCAGUGAUUUAGCACAAGCUAGAGCUGAUCAAAAGGUUCUGGGAGAGGAAUUAGAUGGCUGCAAUUCAAGGUUGGUUGAAUUAGAUGCAGCUGUACAAAGAUUCUCAGAAAGGAAUAGUCAACUGAGCAAGCCGCUGGCAAAGAAGAUAGGAAAGCUGACAGAACUCUACCAGCAGACCAUCAGACAGGCUGAGAGUCGGCUCAACAAGCUUGUUCAGGCAGCAUCACAUUUAGAUGAAUAUACUGAAAUGCUGGAAUUAAUUCUGAAGUGGAUUGAGAAAGCUAAAGUCUUGGUACAUGGAAAUAUUACUUGGAAUUCUGCAAGCCAGCUUCGGGAACAAUAUAUUUUGCAUCAGACUCUUCUAGAAGAAUCUGAAGAAAUUCACACUGAUCUAGAAGCAAUGGCUGAAAAGUUGCAGUACCUCAGCAGUGUGUACUACACAGAGAAAAUGUCUCAGCAAGUGGCAGAAGUAGGACGGGAGACAGCAGAACUGCGACAGAUCAUCAAAAAUCGCCUGCAGAAUCUCCAAGAUGCAGCCAAGGAUAUGAAAAGAUUUGAGGCAGAACUCAAAAGCUUCCAGGCUGCUGUAGAACAAGCCCAAGCUAACCUAACUUCUCCAGAAGUAGGGCGUCUCAGCCUCAAGGAGCAGCUCUCACAUCGACAGCAUUUGCUGGCAGAGAUGGAAUCCCUGAAGCCCAAGGUACAAGCGGUGCAGCUCUGCCAGAGUGUCCUCCGGAUCCCAGAGGAUGUGGUUGCCAGUUUGCCGCUCUGCCACACUGCUCUGCGCCUGCAGGAGGAGGCUAGCCGACUACAGCACUCAGCCAUCCAGCAAUGCAACAUCAUGCAGGAGGCGGUGGUGCAAUACGAACAAUAUGAGCAAGAAAUGAAGCAUCUCCAGCAGCUGAUAGAAGGGGCUCACAGAGAAAUUGAGGAUAAACCUGUGGCCACCAGUAAUAUCCAGGAGCUGCAAGCCCAGAUUUCCCGACACGAGGAGCUGGCUGAGAAAAUCAAGGGCUACCAGGAGCAGAUCGCCGCCCUGAACUCCAAGUGCAAGAUGCUGACGAUGAAAGCUAAGCACGCCACCAUGCUGCUGACGGUGACGGAGGUCGAGGGGCUGGCGGAAGGGACCGAGGACCUGGACCGGGAACUCCUCCCCACGCCUGCGGCCCAGCCCUCUGUGGUCAUGAUGACUGCGGGUCGCUGUCACACUUUGCUGUCACCUGUCACUGAGGACUCUGGGGAGGAGGGAACCAACAGUGAGAUCUGCUCUCCACCCACGUGUCGUUCCCCUUCACCUGUGGCUAAUCCAGAAGCUUCUGUUAACCAGGACAUUGCUUAUUACCAAGCCUUGUCUGCUGAACGGUUACAGACAGACGCUGCCAGGAUCCAUCCCAGUGCAUCAGCCUUACAGGACUUCUAUGAGCCAGGACUGGAGCCAUCUGCCACGGCUAAAUUGGGUGAUCUGCAGCGUUCAUGGGAAACCUUGAAGAAUGUGAUCAGCGAGAAGCAGCGCACCCUCUAUGAAGCUUUGGAACGCCAGCAGAAGUACCAGGACUCCCUGCAGUCCAUCUCCACAAAAAUGGAGGCCAUCGAGCUAAAACUCAGCGAGAGCCUGGAGCCCAGCAGGAGUCCAGAGAGCCAGAUGGCUGAGCAUCAGUCUUCCCCACAGGCCCUGAUGGAUGAGAUUCUCAUGCUCCAAGAUGAAAUCAAUGAGCUGCAGUCCUGUCUGGCAGAGGAGCUUGUGUCUGAGUCCCAGGAGUCCGAUCCCCCUGAGCAGCUGGCCUUGCAGUCCACACUCACUGUCCUGGCUGAGAGAAUGUCCACCAUCAGGAUGAAAGCUUCCGGGAAACGGCAGCUGCUGGAGGAGAAGCUGAAUGACCAACUUGAGGAGCAGAGGCAGGAGCAGGCCCUGCAGAGGUUCCGCUGUGAGGCCGACGAGCUGGACCACUGGCUCCUGAGCACAAAGGCCAGCCUGGAUGUCGCCCUGGGGAUGACCAAGGAGCCCAUGGACAUGGAGGCCCAGCUGGUGGACUGCCAGAACAUGCUUGUGGAAAUUGAGCAGAAGGUGGUGGCCUUAUCUGAGCUCUCGGUGCACAAUGAAAACCUGCUGAUGGAGGGCAAGGCGCACACGAAGGACGAGGCUGAGCAGCUGGCGGUGAAGCUGCGAACACUCAAGGGGAGCCUCCAGGAGCUGCAGCGAGCUCUGCAUGACAAGCAGCUCAACAUCCAGCAGGGAACAGCACAGGAAAAGGAGGAGAGUGAUGUUGACCCGACAGCCACCCAGAGCCCUGGCAUGCAGGAAUGGCUAGCCCAAGCUCGCACCACAAGGACCCACCGGCGGCAAAGCAGUCUCCAGCAACAAAAAGAGCUGGAACAAGAAUUAGCUGAGCAGAAGAGCCUUCUGCGCUCAGUAGCCAGCCGCGGAGAGGAGAUCCUGACCCAGCACACGACUGCAGAGCCCUCUGGCGAGGAAGGCGAAAAACCUGAUGUGUUAUCCCAGGAGAUGGGGAUGGAAGAGGAGAGAUCAACCACUGAAGAGCAGAUGAGAAUGAAAUGGGAAAGCCUGCAUCAAGAAUUUAGUACCAAGCAGAAAUUGCUACAGAAUGUUCUGGAACAAGAACAAGAACAACUGUUUUACAGCAGGCCAAACCGACUCCUAUCUGGCGUACAACUGUACAAAGGGAAUGGGCAGACCCAAGAUAAAACCACUGUUGCAUCAUUGCUGGGUGGACUGAGUCAGGCCUUUGAGGAAGUUUCAUCCCAGGGAGGAGGGGCACCUCAGCAAAAUAUGCAUUUGGAGCAGAAGUUGUAUGAUGGGGUUUCAGCCACCUCAACCUGGCUGGAUGAUGUGGAAGAGCGUUUGUUUGUUGCCACAGCACUGUUGCCGGAGGAAACAGAAACUUGCCUUUUCAACCAAGAGACUCUCGCCAAAGACAUUAAGGAAAUGUCUGAAGAAAUGGAUAAGAACAAGAACUUGUUUUCCCAAGCUUUUCCAGAGAAGGGGGAUAACCGAGAUGUUAUUGAAGAUACCUUGGGCUGUCUUCUGGGCAGGUUAUCCUUGCUAGAUGCUGUAGUGAACCAGCGAUGUCACCAGAUGAAGGAAAGACUUCAACAAAUACUAAAUUUCCAGAAUGAUCUGAAGGUGCUGUUUGCAUCUCUGGCUGACAACAAAUACCUCAUCCUGCAGAAACUGGCCAACGUGUUUGAACAGCCUGUAGCAGAACAGAUAGAGGCAAUACAACAAGCAGAAGAUGGAUUAAAGGAAUUGGAUGCAGGAAUCACUGAGUUAAAAAGACGUGGAGACAAGUUGCAGAUUGAGCAGCCAUCCAUGCAAGACCUCUCCAAACUCCAGGAUAUGUAUGAUGAACUGGUUAUGACUAUCGGCUCCCGGCGGAGUGGCCUAAAUCAAAAUCUUGUAUUCAAGAGUCAGUAUGAGAGGGCCUUGCAGGAUCUGGCUGACCUGCUUGAAACUGGACGAGAGAAGAUGGCAGGGGACCAGAAAAUCAUGGUGUCUUCCAAAGAGGAAGUCCAGCAACUACUUGACAAACACAAGGAAUAUUUUCAGGGCUUGGAAUCUCACAUGAUCUUGACCGAAACACUCUUCAGAAAGAUCAUCAGCUUUGCGGUCCCAAAGGAAAGACAGUUGCACACGGACCUGAUGGCCCAGGCGUCUGCUGUGUUGAAGCAGGCUCACAAGAAGGGUGUGGAGCUGGAGUACAUUCUAGAGACAUGGUCACAUCUGGAGGCAGAACAGCAGACACUCAGCAAACAGCUGGAGGUGGUGGAGAGCAGCCUUCCGAGUGUGAGUCUGGCGGAGGAGAGAGAAGACAGGCUCCAGGACCGCAUCAUGCUCUACCAGCACUUAAAAUCAAGCCUUAACGAACACCAGCCCAAAUUAUAUCAAGUAUUAGACGAGGGGAAACGACUUCUGAUAUCCAUUAGCUGCUCUGAUCUGGAAAGCCAGCUGAAUCAACUCGGAGAGCGCUGGUUAAAUAAUACCAACAAACUAUCCAAGGAGCUUCACAGACUGGAAACCAUACUAAAACACUGGACCAGUUAUCAACGGGAAUCUGCAGAUCUGAGUCGCUGGUUGCAGUUAGCAAGAGACAAGCUAGCGUUCUGGACUCAGCAGUCUGUAACUAUCCCUCAGGAACUGGAGAUGGUCCGAGAUCAUCUCAAUUCUUUCCUGGAAUUUUCUAAAGAAGUGGAUGCCAAAGCUUCCCUGAAGUCUUCUGUGCUGAGCACCGGAAAUCAACUGCUUCGGUUAAAGAAGGCGGACACAGCAGCGCUGCGCUCUGAGCUGUCUCACAUUGACAGCCAGUGGACUGAGCUGUUGACAAACAUCCCAGCUGUACAAGAAAAGCUCCAUCAGCUCCAGAUGGACAAGCUGCCAUCCCGUCAUGCCAUCUCUGAAGUAAUGAGUUGGAUUUCUCUCAUGGAAAAUGUGAUUCAAAAAGAUGAAGAAGAAAUAAAAAAUUGUAUAGGUUACAAGGCAAUUCAUGAAUAUCUUCAGAAAUACAAGGGCUUUAAGAUUGACAUUAACUGUAAGCAGUUGACAGUUGAUUUUGUGAACCAGUCUGUGCUGCAGAUCAGCACUCAGGAUGUGGAAAGUAAGCGGAGUGAUAAAACUGAUUUUGCAGAGCAACUGGGAGCGAUGAAUAAAAGUUGGCAAAUAUUGCAGGGUCUAGUAAGUGAGAAGAUACAGCUGUUGGAAGGUUUAUUGGAAUCUUGGUCAGAAUAUGAGAAUAAUAUACAGUGUCUACAAAUUUGGUUUGAAACCCAAGAAAAGAGGCUGAAAGAGCAGCAUCGAGUUGGGGAUCAUGCUUCAGUACAGAACUCACUGAAAGACUGUCAGGAUCUGGAAGAUUUGAUUAAAGCAAAAGAAAAGGAAGUAGAGAAAGUGCAGCAGAGUGGACUUGCUUUGAUUGAGAACAAGGAAAAGGAAGCGUCCAGCACCGUUGUGAGCACACUGCAAGAACUCAGGCAAACCUGGGCCAACUUAGACCACAUGGUUGGGCAGUUAAAGAUACUGUUGAAGUCAGUGCUUGAUCGGUGGGACCAUCACAACAAGGCCUUUGAAGAGAUCAACAGUUACCUCAUGGAGGCCAGAUACUCCCUGUCCCGAUUUCGCCUGCUGACUGGAUCCUUGGAAGCUGUGCAGGUUCAGGUGGACAAUCUCCAGAGUCUCCAUGAUGAUUUGGAAAAGCAGGAAAUGAGCUUACAGAAAUUUGGCUCUGUCACCAAUCAACUAUUAAAAGAGUGCCACCCACCUGUGACAGAAACUCUCACUAACACACUGAAAGAAGUCAACAUGAGAUGGAAUAACUUGCUGGAAGAGAUCUCGGAACAGCUGCACUCCAGCAAGGCCCUGCUUCAGCUCUGGCAGAGGUACAAGGACUAUUCCAAACAGUGCGCCUCUACUGUCAAGCAGCAGGAAGAGCGAACCGAUGAGCUGCUGAAGGCCGCCGCUGACAAAGACAUCGCGGACGAUGAAGCUGCAGCAUGGAUUCAAGACUGCAACGACCUCCUCAAAGCACUGGGGGCAGUCAAGGACUCCCUUUUUGUCCUCCAAGAGCUGGGAGAGCAGCUGAAGCAACAAGUGGAUGUCUCUGCUGAAUCAGCCAUCCAGUCUGACCAACUCUCUCUAGGUCAACGCUUAGUCACCCUGGAGCAGGCUCUUUGCAAGCAGCAGUCAGUACUGCAGGCUGGAGUUGUUGACUAUGAAACCUUCGCUAAGAGAUUAGAAGCUCUGGAGGCCUGGGUAGUGGAAGCUGAAGACAUACUCCAAGCACAGGACCCGUCACACUCCUCUGACAUCUCCAGCAUCCAGGAAAGGAUGGAUGAGCUCAAGGGCCAGAUGUUAAAAUUUAGCAGCAUGGCUCCAGAUUUAGACCGUCUAAAUGAACUUGGAUAUAGGUUACCACUGAAUGAGAAAGAAAUAAAAAGGAUGCAGAGUCUGAACCGUCACUGGUCUCUCAUCUCCUCCCAGACUACAGAACGAUUCAGCAAGUUGCAGUCAUUUUUGCUGCAACAUCAGACUUUCUUGGAAAAAUGUGAAACAUGGAUGGAAUUCUUGGUCCAGACAGAACAGAAGUUAGCAGUGGAGAUUUCAGGCAAUUAUCAGCAUCUUUUGGAGCAGCAGAGAGCUCACGAGUUGUUUCAAGCCGAGAUGUUCAGCCGUCAGCAGAUAUUGCACUCAAUCAUUAUUGAUGGGCAGCGUCUUCUAGAACAAGGUCAAGUUGAUGACAGGGAUGAGUUCCACUUGAAGUUGACACUCCUCAGUAAUCAGUGGCAGGGAGUGAUCCGUAGGGCUCAGCAGAGAAGGGGCAUCAUCGACAGUCAGAUUCGCCAGUGGCAGCGCUAUCGCGAGAUGGCAGAAAAGCUGCGUAAAUGGUUGGUUGAAGCGUCCUACCAUCCUGGGAGUGGUCUCGGAAGCAUCCCCAUUCCACUGCAACAAGCGAGGACCCUCUUCGAUGAAGUCCAGUUCAAAGAAAAGGUGUUCUUGAGACAACAAGGCAGCUAUAUCUUGACUGUGGAGGCUGGCAAGCAGCUCCUGCUCUGUGCUGAUAGCGGAGCUGAGGCCGCCUUGCAAGCUGAACUCACUGAGAUCCAAGAGAAAUGGAGAGCAGCCAGCAUGCGUCUAGAGGAACAGAAGAAAAAACUGGCCUUCCUGUUGAAAGAUUGGGAAAAGUGUGAGAAAGGGAUAGCCGAUUCUCUAGAGAAAUUGCGGACUUUCAAAAAGACACUUUCCCAGUCUCUGCCGGAUCAUCACGAAGAGCUCCAUGCAGAACAAAUGCGUUGCAAGGAACUUGAAAAUGCCGUUGGGAGCUGGACAGAUGACCUGGUCCAGCUGACGUUGCUGAGGGACUCCCUCUCUGCCUUUAUCAGCUCUGAUGACAUCUCCAUCCUGAACGAACGCAUAGAGCUUCUGCAAAGACAGUGGGAAGAACUGUGCCACCAGGUCUCCUUGCGACGACAGCAAGUCAGCGAAAGACUGAACGAAUGGGUAGUCUUCAGUGAGAAGAACAAGGAGCUUUGUGAAUGGUUGACUCAGAUGGAAAGCAAAGUUUCUCAGAAUGGAGACAUUCUCAUUGAAGACAUGAUCCAGAAACUCAGGAAGGAUUAUCAAGAGGAAAUUGCUGUUGCCCAAGAGAACAAAAUACAGCUCCAGCAAAUGGGAGAACGGCUUGCUAAAGCCAGCCACGAGAGCAAAGCAUCCGAGAUUGAAUACAAACUGGGGAAGGUCAACGACCGGUGGCAGCAUCUCCUGGAUCUCAUUGCGGCCAGGGUGAAGAAGCUGAAGGAGACCCUGGUUGCUGUGCAGCAGCUCGAUAAGAACAUGGGGAGCCUGAGAGCUUGGCUCGCUCACAUUGAGGCGGAGCUCGCCAAACCCAUAAUCUACGAUUCCUGUAACUCAGAAGAAAUACAGAGGAAGCUUAAUGAGCAGCAGGAGCUUCAGAGAGACAUUGAAAAGCACAGCACGGGGGUGGCCUCGGUCCUCAACCUGUGUGAAGUCCUGCUGCAUGAUUGUGACGCCUGCGCCACUGACGCCGAGUGUGACUCCAUCCAGCAGGCAACACGGAACCUGGACCGGCGCUGGAGAAAUAUCUGUGCCACGUCCAUGGAGAGGAGACUCAAAAUCGAAGAGACUUGGCGAUUAUGGCAGAAGUUUCUGGAUGACUAUUCUCGUUUUGAAGAGUGGCUGAAGACUUCAGAAAGGACAGCUGCUUUCCCAAGCUCGUCUGGGGUGCUGUACACAGUCGCCAAGGAGGAACUAAAGAAAUUUGAGGCUUUCCAGCGCCAGGUGCAUGAGAGCCUGACCCAGCUGGAGCUCAUCAACAAACAGUACCGCCGCCUGGCCAGGGAGAAUCGCACAGAUUCCCAGUGUAGCCUGAAGCAGAGGGUCCACGAGGCCAACCAGCGCUGGGACAACCUGCAGAAGCGCGUGGCCUCCAUCUUGCGCAGACUCAAGCAUUUCAUUGGCCAGCGUGAGGAGUUUGAGACUGCUCGGGAAAACAUUCUCGUCUGGCUAACAGAAAUGGAUCUGCAACUUACUAAUAUUGAGCAUUUUUCGGAAUGUGAUGUUCAAGCGAAAAUAAAGCAACUCAAGGCCUUCCAGCAAGAAAUUUCCCUGAACCACAAUAAGAUUGAGCAGAUAAUUGCCCAAGGAGAGCAACUGAUAGAAAAGAGUGAGCCCUUGGAUGCCGCAGUCAUUGAGGAAGAGUUGGAUGAGCUGAGGCGGUACUGCCAGACUGUGUUUGGGCACGUGGAAAGAUACCACAGGAAGCUGAUGCGCCUGCCUCUGCCAGAUGAUGAACUUGACCUCUCUGACCAGGAGCUGGACCUUGCAGACUCCACAGCUCUCUCGGACCUGCGCUGGCAGGAGCCAUCUGCAGAUGUGGCACCCUCACCGCAACCAUCCUCCAACCCCUCGCUCUCGUUGGCCCAGCCACAUCGGAGUGAACGGUCUGGCCGCGACACCCCAGCCAGCGUGGACUCCAUCCCCCUGGAGUGGGACCAUGACUAUGACCUCAGUCGUGACCUGGAGUCUGCAGUGUCCGGAACCCUGCCCUCUGAGGAUGAGGAGGGCCAGGAGGACAGGGAUUUCUACCUGAGAGGUGCUCCCGGCUUGACAGAUGUAAUGAUCCCUGAAAGCCCCGAGGCCUAUGUAAAACUCACAGAAAAUGCCAUCAAAAAUGUCUCUGGUGAUCACAGUGCCUUGGAGAACCAGAUCCGGCAGCUGGGCAAAGCCCUGGAUGACAGCCACUUUUCAGCACAGCAAGCUGGAAGCAUCAUCCGCAGCAAAACUCCCACAGGGUCAGAGCCAGACUCUAGCUACAAAGGCUACAUGAAGCUGCUGGGUGAAUGCAGUGGCACCAUAGACUCUGUGAAGAGGCUGGAACACAAACUGAAGGAGGAGGAAGAGAGCCUUCCUGGCUUUGUGAACCUGAACAGCACCGAAACACAGACGGCUGGCGUGAUUGAUCGAUGGGAACUCAUCCAGGCGCAGGCCCUGAGCAAGGAGUUGAAGCUGAAGCAGAGCCUCCAGAAGCAACAGCAGUUCAACUCGGACCUCAACAACAUCUGGGCCUGGCUGGGCGAGACGGAGGAGGAACUGGAACAGCUCCGACAUCUGGAGCUCAGCACCGACAUCUCCACCAUAGAGCUCCAAAUCAAGAAACUCAAGGAGCUUCAGAAAGCUGUAGACCACCGCAAAGCCAUCAUCCUGUCCAUCAACCUGUGUAGUCCCGAGUUCACCCAGGACAGCCAGGAGCUGCAGGAGCGCUUGUCCUGCAUGAAUGGGCGCUGGGACCGGGUUUGCUCCCUGCUGGAGGACUGGCGAGGCCUGUUGCAGGAUGCACUGAUGCAAUGCCAGGAUUUCCACGAAAUGAGCCAUGGCUUGCUCCUCAUGUUGGAGAACAUUGACAGAAGGAAAAAUGAAAUUGUUCCCAUUGAUCUUAAUCUGGACACGGAAGUUCUUCAGGACCAUCACAGACAGCUCGUGCAAAUAAGACGUGAACUGCUGGAGUCCCAGGUCAGAGUGGCCUCAUUGCAAGACAUGUCUUGUCAACUCCUGGUGAAUGCUGAAGGCACGGACUGUUUAGAAGCUAAAGAAAAAGUCCAUGUGAUUGGAAACCGACUCAAACUUCUCUUGAAGGAGGUCAGUCGUCAUAUCAAGGAACUGGAGAAGUUACUAGACAUGACGAGCAGUCAGCAGGAUCUGUCUUCCUGGUCUUCUGCUGACGAACUGGACACCUCAGGAUCUGUGAGUCCUACAUCAGGAAGAAGCACUCCAAACAGACAGAAAUCGCCGCGAGGCAAAGGUAGUCCCUCACAGCCUGGACCCUCUGUCAGCAGUCCACAUAGCAGGUCCACAAAAGGUGGCUCCGAUUCCUCCCUUUCUGAAGCCCGGCCAGCUCGGUCCAGCCGAGCCUUCCUGUUUAGAGUCCUCCGGGCUGCUCUUCCCCUUCAGCUUCUCCUGCUUCUCCUCAUCGGGCUUGCCUGCCUCGUACCAAUGUCAGAGGAAGACUACAGCUGCGCCCUCUCCAAUAAUUUUGCCCGAUCAUUCCACCCCAUGCUCCGAUACACCAAUGGCCCUCCUCCACUCUGAACUAAGCAGAUGUCCUUGGCAGAAGUGCCAGAUGUGCUAGGAGGACUAAAAAAGUAUCUCAGAGCAUCACUGAGAGGAUCUGAAUCUUGGCAGAAGCCCUUGGUGUGCCAGCUUUGUACAUCUUCCAUGCCCCAUGUGUGCAAAUCAUGACUCCAACAGUGGAUAAAAUGCAAUGAGGAAGAGCCAACAAUUUACAGAAUGUUUGGAAGAAAUGUUCUUGGAGACUCUGGACCUUAGCAUUGACAAGACAGGGAGAGGACUUCCAAAGUUUCCUGGAAUUGGGAAUUCUGGACUUUUGUCUUUCUGUGCACAGCCAAGAACUUGACAAGACCUUCUGGGCAGCGUUCCCAUGGAACUGCUCCUUCCAUCCAAUAAACAACUUUCCCAAGCGCCAUGUCAGUAUCAUCUAAUCUACCAACCAACCAGUGCUCAAGAGACUUUAGUACUUUGUAACAUACAGUUUUUAAAAGCUUAAAUGGCAGCUUCCUUUUUACUUUAUAUUCCUUUGGGGCAUGAUGUUAGCUUUGCUUUAGAAGCACAAGCUGUAAAUCUGAAAGGCACUUUUUUUUUUAAAGAUAUAAGGAAAAACUAUAUGUAAUAAAAUCAUGUGAAGGCAUUAUGUGAAAAGAAUGUUAUAGUAAAAAGAUGUUAUUUAUGUAUGUACAGUUUGCUAAAGCCAAAUUUUGUUUGUAUUGAUUUCUUUGCAUUUAUUAUAGAUACUGUAAAAUGUUUUGUCUUGGCUUUCUUUCUCCUCUAAAAUCGGGUUUGAAGUUGUUGGUUGUCACACAGGUGUUGAUCAUAAGGCAACGGCAGUGAUCUUUGGCGUGCAGUGGAUGAAGCAGGAUGUUAGGUGUGUCUUCAGGAGAAAGGAUGGUUAAUGGCAGUGCACAUUUAAGCAGAAGGCCCUGUGGAUGAUUCGUUUUCUUCUUCCCCCUUUCACAUUCUCUCCUCAAUGCCCUUUACAUAGCUGGACGCACCUCCUAGGCUCUCCCGUCUGUGGCUCCUCUCCAUUCUGUUUCAUGGGAAUACAACCAUCUCAUUGGCUUCCUCAAAGCUUCUUUUGCCCAGAUCCUUUUUAUGCAAAGCUUUCAAUUAUAUUCAUUGCCUAUGAAUCUACAAUGUUAGUCUUUCAAGUCCAUAUACAUUAUGAUUUCACUCUGCCCCUUUGAUUUUGCUAACUGGGGGGCCCAGAUAAAAUCAUUCCAUACUCUCAGCAUUCUAAUUCAUCCUUUAGUAAUUUGGACAGGGUGUACGAAGCCCAGGUUUCUGGCUUCUCUUGAAAAUUAAAAGCUGUCAUAGCCUGAACGCAUCCCCCUAGAAACGCUACUUGCUAUCCCUUUUAAGAAUGGGAGGAGACAAGUUUUCCAUAUGCACUUAUAUUCCAUCAACCUGUCAAUAUCAGCCUAGUGACAGGAGGCAUUGGAGUUUACAAAUCCUGUUUUAUAUUGAGUGCUCAUAUCAAGCUGAGAUAUAGAAAUUUUCUGGAGCCAUUUUCUGUGGUUGCCUGUCACAGAUGAGAUGAAUAUCAUCUCAGUUAGGUUUUCUGGGGCUGGCAUAUCCUUCUGGUUCUGGGCUUGUUUCUAAAUCUCCUGAAGGAGGGCCAGGAAGCUUUCAUUUCAAACACAUACCUGAAGCGACUGUUAAAAAAGCACUGCCCUAUUCUUUCUUAAAUCCAUUGUUUUGUUCUCACCCUUCUCUUUUUCUUCACUUGUCCUCUGCUUUGAUGAAUUCCAUGGCUCCUGGCUGGCAGUAUGCACGUUGUCUGUCUUUCGGGCUUUCCCCUUGUGGGUACUCCUGUCAUGUGUGUUUUGCUUUUCCUUGUUCCAUCACUCCCACUUUACUUCCCCUGUCAUUCCCCUCAGGGAAUAGAGACAAUGUCCCACCAUGCCUCCUCCGGAUUCCUGGAAAUGUACGACCAUUCAGGAGCAGCGUAGCACUUACCAUGCAGCGAGUCAGUAGGUGCAGGAUUGGCAUGGCAAGCAAUAGGACACUACAGAAGCAUUUCCCCUCCCCGCUGCAGUUACGUGACUUCCCCAGCACCACCCAUCACUGGAGAUUCAAGUGUCCUAUAUUGUCAGAGGGAAAAAAUGGCUAAUUUUGAUUAAGAAAAAAGAGGGUGGUCCCAUUUGUGCCUUUCUGAAACUCUUGGUGAGGCACUUGAUGUGCAUCAUGUACAUUUCUGCUAAAGUUUUUGAAGAGUCAAGUAGAACAUUGGGAUAGGCAGGAAAUAGGGGACCCAGUGAGCAUAGGAACUGAAGCAAUGAGGCCAUGACUUUCUCAAGGGCCAAAGAGAUGACCCAGGACCAGUAUCCUUCCAAUCUCAAGAUCUUUCCAAGAGAGAUCAUGGAGUCAUAUUAGGAGCAUCUUCACUGCCACCUGCAGCUACUCCGGCAAUAGACACAGAAUAUGUUUGUCAAAUGAUUUCUGGAAUGGGCAGGGCUUUAUAUUUAGAUGGAUAUCAGAGUAUAAAAGGACACUGAUGACUCUUGAAGAGGCUCAUUUUCUAUAAUGAGAAGUUUGAAGAGUCCUGUAGUGGGCCAAGAAAAAAAGAAUGAUUUUUCUGAACGAGGGUUGGGUGAAGAAAUGCAUGGGUAAAGACAUCAUUAAACAACCAGAAAGAGAAGGAGAGAGUUUAUAAUAUUGUAGGAAUGGAAUUUGCAGAAGCAAAUAGAAAUGUUAGAAAUAUUAACCAUAAGACAAAGCUAGAGAAAUAGAGUUUGAAAAACUACAACUGAAACUCCAACAAGGAACGAAAAGCUUUGGUGGAAAUUGCCCAAGGAGCAUACUUGUGCUCCUAGUAAAUGAGACAGCAGUAACUCCCUGCUUUCCUAAGAAGUAAGAAGAAAUGUUGACAGAGGCUCUAAUGGGAAAUUUGACAAAGUGAUGCCUGGAAUUUACUAUAAAAAGCAUAUUGAUGUUGACAGGCUUAUAACCUACACCUUGAUGUCAAAGAUUAAGAAAUUAAAACAAUAAAUUUUCAGUAGAAAGCCAUGUAAAAUAUUGUGAAGGACGAACAGUGAAGUGAGGUGACUCAUGAUGGCCAGAUCAGCAAGGCCUCCCUCAUGUUGAUGUGCUUUUGCCUGACCUCAGUCGGUGAUUGAGUUCUUAGCUCUCUGAGUCCUCCAUCAUCAUCAUCACCAAACUUCCAUGUAGAAUUGUGCAGAAACUAUAGAGGUUUCCGAAUGCUUUACUCCCCUGGGGCAGAGGUGACCAGGGCAAGCACUUCUGGAUAUACUUGAAAUUCACUCACUUCCCAACUAUUUAUAGGAUGCUUGCUGUAUGGUGGGACCUUCUUCAAGCUCCCUUAGGAGUCAAGCCUCAAUUACUCACUAAGAGUUCACUGAGCCUUUGCCAUACAUAAGAAUGUGUAUCUUCCUCCAACAGUAUGUCCUGCAUCUUCUGAUAGAGGAAACUAGAAGGAACCCAAUAGAAACAAUAAAUCAUUUGUGGAUGGAAUGUGAUACUACAUAUAUUAUUGUGCCUCUGUUGGGAGGCAGGAAAUUCCCUUCUACAUUUUUUAUCAUCUGGUUUGUGUUGUGGUGGGGUACAGUUUGAAGUGCAAAGAUGUCCAUCUGUGCAAAUGAAAAUAGAAUAAAAAGUUCAGUUUGCAAGCAUUAAAGGCCUAGAAGCAAUUUUCCACUUAGUCAUGAACAAUGCUAAGCUAAUUUGUGCAAUGAGUGGAGGCAUUUUUUUAAUGUGAUCAUUAAAGAUGUGGAUGCAACAACACAUUAGGAUUGUUGAACUGAUCGCCACACCUGUCCUUACCCAGAGUAAUGAGAUGCUGAAGGAUAAC